AUGCAAAACAUACAUGAAGAUUCAACCAUAGUUAGCUCUGAUGACAUGCUUGAAAGUGUUGUUGGUAUUGAUCCUCUCAAUAGCAGACUACCAACAGAGCCUCCCUUAGAGCCAUACGAAGGAAUGGAGUUUGCAUCAAUUGAAGAGACAAGAAUUUACUACACAAGGUAUGCUAAGAAUACUGGUUUUAGUUUUCGUAUGGGUCGUGUUACUAAAUCAAGAACAAAUGGUAUGAUAAUAGGUCGAGAAUAUCUCUGUUCAAAGGAGGGAUUUCGAGCAAAAAAAUAUGUGAAAGAAGAAAGUAAUAGUAUUAUCGUACACGAUGAAACAAGGUUCCUUCGAGUACAUAGAAAGAAGACUAAUGUGCAGAAAAAACUUAUUGAUGUGUUACAUGAUUCUGGUUUAGGCCCUAGUAAAAUAAGAUCCGUCUUGUGUACUGAAAGUGGUGGUGUUGAUAAUGUUAGAUUUAGUCCACAAGAUGUUAUCAAUUACUUAACUGAAAAUAGACAAAAAAAGUUAGAAAAUGGAGAUGCUCAAAUAAUGUUAUCAUAUUUUAAAAGUUGUCAAUUGAAGAAUCCUGGGUUUUUCUAUGCUUUUCAAAUGGACACUGAAGGAAGAUUAGCAAAUUGUUUUUGGGUUGAUUCAAGGUCCAAAAUGGCAUAUAAAUACUUUGGUGAUGUUGUUACUUUUGAUCCGACGUAUUUGACAAAUAAAUAUAAAAUGCCUUUUGUUCCAUUCACAGGAGUUAAUCAUCAUCAACAAUCCAUUCUUUUUGGUUGUGCUCUAUUAUGGGAUGAAACUAUAGAGAGUUUUUUUUGGUUGCUAAGUACUUGGUUAGAAGCAAUGAGUGGAAUUUCUCCUAAAACUAUCAUCACAUAUCAAGAUGCUGCUAUUAGUAAUGCAGUUGCAAAGCGACCAUCCCAAAUUUUUUUAUCUGCCUCCGCCACUGAUGUACGUCACAAUUUUUGUGCAGGAAUGUCUACCACUCAAAGGAGUGAAAGUAUGAAUAAAUAUUUUAAGGAUUUUUUGAAUUCAAGUACUUCAUUAAGCCAAUUUGUGACACAAUAUGAAAAAGCUCUUGAUGCACGUUACAACAAGGAAAGAGAGAAGACUUUCAAAACAAGAAAUUCAAAGCCACUUUUACGAACUUUAUAUCCCAUGGAAGAAGAAACUUCAAAAAUUUAUACAAGAAAAAAGUUUAGAAUAUUUCAAGAUGAGUUGGUUGAUUCUCAAUUAUUUAUCACAGAAAAGGUUAAGUUUUCUAUUGAAGUCUCAACGUAUAAAGUUCAUGAAAUUUACAAAGAGAAGCCUAUCUACUAUGUGAAUUUUCAUGUCACUUCAAAAGAAGCAAAUUGUAGUUGUCACAUGUUUGAACAUUCAGGUAUUCCUAGUAGACAUGUAUUAUGUGUAUUCAUAAAGAAAAAGGUUUAUUGUCUCCCUUCACAAUAUGUUUUCCAUAGAUGGUCUAUUAAUGCUAAAAAAGAAAAGGUAAAAGAAGUGACAAUUGAAGGAUUUCAAGAAGGAAGCAGCAACGCUUCUGACACUUCAUUGUUUAGUAGUAUUAUGGUUCACUCCCUCGAACUAUCAGAAAGAGGUUCACAAUCCGAAAAAUAUCACGAUAUUGCAAUUCAAAGUUUGCAAAAUGGGAUUGCAAAACUUGAUUUAUUGGGUAUUGAAGAGUCAAAUAAGAAGUUUGUUGAUUCAACAUCUGAAGAUAUGCCAAAAGUAUCUGAUGUUAACAUAGCUUUGCAUGACCCUCCACUUAUAGCAACUAAAGGACGUUCGCGGACUUUGCGAAUGAAAAGUAGUUUGGAGAUGGUCAGAAAAAGUUCCUCUACUUGUCGUUAUUGCAUGAAAAAGGGUCAUUCUAAAUCUAAAUGUCCAAAUUUAAAUCAAACAAGGUGA